AUGGAAAGUUGCAACUGCCAGUGCAGGUGGAUGUGGCUUAUAACGCAUAGUGGGCUGCGGCACCGAGAGGUGCUGGAGAACUGGCCGUACCUGAUUGCCUUUAAUGUUUUCCUCAUUUAUUCAGACUGGACCAAGAGGAUUGAGUAUCAGCCUGGCUCGGGGAGCGUGCCGCUUUUCCCCAGCAUCCACCUGGAGACGUGCGACGGGGCCGUGUCCUCCAUCCAGAUCACCACGGAGCUACAGACCAAUUACAUCGGCAAGGGCUGCGACCGGGAGACCUACUCUGAGAGAUCCCUUCAGAAGUUGUGUGGAGCCUCCUCUGGCAUCAUCGACCUCUUGCCAUCCCCCAGUGCGGCCACCAACUGGACAGCAGGACUGCUGGUGGACAGCAGUGAGAUGAUCUUCAAGUUCGAUGGCAGGCAAGGGGCCAAGAUCCCUGAUGGGAUUGUGCCCAAGAACCUGACAGACCAGUUCACCAUCACCAUGUGGAUGAAACAUGGCCCCAGCCCCGGUGUGAGAGCCGAGAAGGAAACCAUUCUCUGCAACUCGGAUAAGACUGAAAUGAACCGGCAUCACUACGCCCUGUAUGUGCACAACUGCCGCCUGGUCUUCCUCUUGCGCAAGGACUUUGACCAGGCCGACACCUUCCGCCCCGCAGAGUUCCACUGGAAGCUGGACCAGCACAGGUAAAGUGUGUGAUCUAUAGAGGGAAGUGAGCAAACAGCGCCUGCUAUUAUCUCUGGGAAGAAAGGCCUGUCUGCAGAGUUUCGGAGGCAGAACUGGAACCAAACAGAGGAAGUUACCAAGAGACAAGAAUGAAGUGAACAAAAGGGAGGAAGAGAGGUUAGUGAAGUGCAGAUUAGUGUUGUCAAAUGUUAGUGAGUGGAUUGUAUCCAUAACCA